CUCCGCCCGCCCGCCGCCUCCUUCCCUCUCCACCUCUCGACAUGGCGGCGGCGUCGCUCCAAUGCACCGUGCGGCUGGGACUCUGCGGUGCCGCCGCCUCCCGGCGUACCGGGAAGGAAGCCACCGCCUUCGCGCUGCUGAUCGGUGCCGCGGAGCCUUGCCUGCGGGGCCGGGGAAGGGGCGCGGGGGUUCGGUGCCAGCGGAGCGCCGCCGCCGGCGCGGUCGUCGUCGAGAGGAAGGACCGCGCGGUAGAGCCAGCGCAGGAGGGAGGCAAUGCCGGCUGCGCCGAGGCGGAGCUCACGGUGGUGAUGAAGUUCGGCGGGUCGUCGGUGGCGUCGGCCGAGCGGAUGCGGGAGGUGGCCGACCUCAUCCUCAGCUUCCCCGAGGAGCGGCCGGUGAUCGUGCUCUCCGCCAUGGGGAAGACCACCAACAAGCUUCUGAUGGCCGGGGAGAAAGCGGUGGACUGCGGCGCAACAAAUGUCUCCGACCUUGAUGAGCUCACCUUUAUAAAGGAAUUGCAUUUUGGGACCAUUCAUCAGCUUGGAUUGGAUAAGUCAAUUGUUUCUGGUUUAUUGGAUGAACUCGAACAACUUCUUAAGGGAAUUGCUAUGAUGAAAGAGCUUACUCUUAGGACAAGAGAUUAUCUUGUUUCCUUCGGUGAAUGCAUGUCAACAAGGAUAUUUGCAGCACUUUUGAAUAAACUUGGGGUAAAAGCACGUCAGUAUGAUGCAUUUGAAAUAGGUUUUAUAACCACCAAUGAUUUCACAAAUGCUGAUAUUCUGGAAGCAACUUAUCCUGCCGUUGCAAAGAGGCUACAUGGGGACUGGGUUACUGAUCCUGCUAUUCCAAUAGUCACUGGCUUUCUUGGAAAGGGAUGGAAAUCUGGUGCAAUCACCACUUUAGGCAGGGGUGGUAGUGACCUGACAGCUACGGCCAUUGGCAAAGCCUUGGGAUUAAGAGAAAUCCAGGUUUGGAAAGAUGUUGAUGGUGUUUUAACAUGUGAUCCUAAUAUUCAUCCAAAGGCGAAACCUGUGCCAUACUUGACAUUUGAUGAGGCAGCUGAACUUGCAUAUUUUGGUGCACAGGUUUUGCAUCCACAAUCCAUGCGACCAGCUAGAGAAGGUGAUAUACCUGUUAGGGUUAAGAACUCUUAUAACCGCCGAGCCCCCGGUACACUCAUCACUAAAGCUAGAGAUAUGAGUAAGACUGUUUUGACUAGCAUAGUGCUGAAAUCAAAUGUUACGAUGCUGGAUAUAGUGAGCACACGGAUGCUUGGACAAUAUGGUUUUCUAGCUAAGGUCUUUUCAAUUUUUGAGGAUUUGGGCAUCUCUGUUGAUUGUGUGGCUACAAGUGAAGUUAGCAUAUCUUUGACCUUGGAUCCAUCGAAACUCUGGAGUCGUGAAUUGAUUCAGCAGGCAAAUGAACUUGAUCAUGUCAUCGAAGAACUUGAAAAGAUAGCAGUUGUUCACCUACUGCAACAUAGAUCGAUAAUUUCGUUAAUUGGAAAUGUUCAGAGGUCAUCUUUGAUUCUUGAAAAGGCUUUCAAUGUUCUACGUACAAAUGGAGUUAAUGUUCAGAUGAUCUCACAAGGGGCAUCCAAGGUGAACAUUUCCCUAGUGGUCCAUGACAGUGAGGCCAAACAAUGCGUUCAAGCCCUCCACUCAGCAUUCUUUGAGAGUUGUUUCUUGCCAGAAGUCGAUGAUCUUCUGCAGGAUGACUCCGCAGCACAUUCCAAUGGCACAAUUUACAGGCAUUAGUCAGAAGUUUAGUUCUGUAUACCAUUUGCAGUUGUAGAAUCUUACCUAGCUAAGUUCUUUGGCUAACAGCCAAUUGUUGUAGAAGCGAAUGAGCAAUUCCGGCUUAGUAUUCUAGUUGGGCCUGGUUUACCAAGAGGGCACACUACUAUUCUUAACCAUUCUUUGCAGAGAAAAUAAUUUUUAGGCAGCUAGUAGUACCCAUUGCCUUUGGCAAAAUUUGGCUUCUGACAACAACUUGUGUAAGAUAUUAAGAUGAGUAUUACUCUUACUUUAUAUAUCGAAAUAAACAGUUAAUGGGUGAAUUAAGCAUUACAUGUCCUUCAGCGCA